CGUUCUCUCUGAACCAUCAUAGCCUCACAUCAACUGCCAACUUCUUCGAAAAGGAGGGUCAUCGGACACACCUGUGUGAGCAUCGAUUACGACCUUAAGCUCUUUACGACGUGGAUCCCACAUCUACGCAUCAGAAACGACCGAAGCAGUAUCAAGGAGGAAAAAAUCACAUAGUGUCGGCACUAAGUGAUAUCAGAUCGAGGAGCAAGCUAGGGGCUCUACUUGGAUAGACUUAAAGACUGCACAACCCAGAGUCGCCUGAGGCACUAUGGCAUCAACAUCUUUUCGAGAGUCCAUGAACUCGUUGGGCUGGUCACGCCGCGACCCCGAUGUGCCCGUCAAUACGAGCCAACAAUCAGGGUUGCUGUCUUCCAUCAAGUCGCUGAAUCCUUUCGGCGAUCGCGGAUAUGUCCAACUGCCUACUACCGAGGGUGCCGGCGCGCCGCUACCAGCUCCCAGUCGUCGCGAGGAAGAAGAAGGGUGGUUCGCUUUAAGCCGUUGGGAUCGUCUCCUGAUAUUUGGUGCUUGCAAUAUCGCCGCAGCCGCCUGCUUCGUCCUCUGCUUUGCCCUGUGGCCCGUCUUGAUUGCGAAGCCUCGAAAGUUCGCUAUACUAUGGUCCUUCGGUUCGGUGUUGUUCCUUUGCUCAUGGGCUACCAUGAUGGGCCCGAUGGCUUACUUCCAGCAUCUCCUAUCAGGCAACAGAUUGCCGUUUACUGCUGCCUAUUUUGGAUCCAUCUUCAUGACCAUUUAUUUCUCUAUCGGUCUCCAGAGCACCUUCCUCACCUUGAUAUCGGCUAUUGUGCAGCUAGCAGCCCUUGCUUGGUAUUUAGUUAGUUAUUUCCCCAUGGGCUCGAGCGGCUUACGGCUUGCGACCUCCUUUGGAGCCCGACGAGCUGCUGCCUGGAUGACUGGUUGAUGCACAGCAGUAUUACCUUCAGAAUCAAGCGUAGUCAGGGUAUCUCGAAUAACCUACAAUACACUUCUUUACGAACAUGGAAACAAGUGUCACAACUUCGAUGCGGGCAAUACA